AAAAAUUUAAAAGAGUUGGUUGUGGAGGGCUGUGGUACUUUGAAAUAUCUACUGACAUCCUCUAUAGUUGAGAGUUUCCAGCAACUCACAGUGCUCAAGAUUUCUGGCUGUAAGAUGAUGGAAGUGGUAAUAGUCUUAGAACAAUUAGAAGAAGAGAAAAGGAUGAGGCGGACUCUCUUUCCUAAGCUAGACUCUCUAGUUCUCCAAGAACUUCCAAAACUCACUAGAUUUUGUUCUGGAAAUUUUUUUGAAUUCCCCUCCCUUACAAAACUUACAAUAAGCAAGUGCUCUAUGUUGAAGACAUUCAUCUCCGGUUUUGCUAUAGGGAACACGACAAUCAACACUGAAAAUGAAGUGAAUGCUGCACCAUCUCUCUUUUGUGAAAAGGUCAAGUUUCCCAAUUUGAACUUUUUGGAGCUAUCUUCACUUAACAUGAAUCAAAUUUGGAACAAGAAUCAUGAAGAAAUCUCAUCUUUUAAAAAGCUUCAACAUGUAGAAGUUUGUAAUUGUAGUAGCUUGAGCUACCUUCUGACACCUUCCAUGGCAUUGGGCCUUGUGCAACUCAAGGACUUGAUGAUAAAAGAUUGUGAAACAAUGGAACAUGUGAUCAUGGCUGCAGGAGUUGAGGAGGUAGUUGAAACUGGCUUAAUAUUCCCACAACUAAACAACAUUUUGCUAGAGUCUUGUUCAAAGUUGUCAAGUUUCCACGCGGGAAGUGAUACCCUCAAGUUUCCAAUGUUGAAGAAAAUUAUUGUAAAGAACUGUCUAAAGAGGGUUAGAUUUGCUUCCAAAUUUCCAAGUGACAAAGAGACAGAGAUAGCUGAUAGAAGAAGUGAGGAAGUGCAUGUCAAGGAAGAACCUGAUUUCUUCAUUGAGGCCUUUUUCUGUGAUGAGGUUGAGAUUCCUAACUUGGAGACAUUGACUCUGUCCUCAAUCAAUACAAAGCAAAUUUGGAACAAUCAACUUUCAUCAAUAUCUUCAUUUGCUCAAAAUUUAACAAAGUUGAAGGUGGCCAAUUGUUCCAAUUUGAAGUAUCUGUUUACAUUCUCAAUGGUUAAAAAUUUUUCACGACUUGAAGAACUCGGGAUUAGUGGAUGUGAGAUGAUGGAAGUGGUAAUAUUGAUAGAAGGGACAGUGGAAGAAGACAAGAUUUGCCGGACAGUGUUCCCCAAACUAGAGACGUUGACACUUAAUGACCUAUCCCAACUUGCAACAUUUUGCUCCAAUUGUGAUUCUCUAGGAAAAUUUUCAGACUCUGAAAGAGUCAAUUUUGAUACUGUAUCACAAAAACUACUAGCCACACAAUCGACUUGGGUGGAAACAGAAGCCACCAAGCUUGUAUUUUCUCAAGUGACAGAGCUAAUGCUUAGACUCUUACCGAAAUUCAAGAGUUUCUUCCCUCAAAUGCAUAUCAGAGAAUGGCCAUCAUUGAAAAGUUUAGCUGUGAUCGAUUGCCAUGGAGCGCAAAUAGUUGCUUCAGAAUUUUCAAGCACUGAGAUGACACAUGGAGACAGCCAAGUUGAAAGGGAAUCUCAGCAUCUCAUGUUUUGGAUUAGCAAGGUUUUAAUCGCACACUCGCAAGAUGCUAAAUUUUUGUGCCACCAAGUUCCCACAUUGCUUUGGCACUCAAAAGAAUCUUCAAUUUCUUAAAUUCAUGUGACAUGAUUAUCAAGUAGUUAAUUCUGGAAACCAUUAGAGACCAUUUCGUUUCAUUUUUCUUGUUUUGUUUGUUUUAUUGUGUGAAAGAGAUCAUUUUAAUUUGUUGUGUAUCUUGAUUCAAAAAAGAGAUGUGAUUUGU